AUGUCGAAACUUUUCAUUGGUGGCCUAGCAUGGCAUACUGAGGAGGCCACUCUGCGCCAGAAGUUCGAGGAGUUUGGCCCGGUUGAAGAAGCUGUAGGUGAUUCCGUUCCUUUAUUACCUUCAAGCAAUGCGCUUCUAGUUCUGCAUAUUUGUGGCUCUGAUGCGGGUGUGGUGGUCAAGGACCGCGAUACUGGUCGUAGCCGCGGCUUUGGAUUUGUACGAUACACCCAGGAGGGCGAUGCCCAGAACGCUAUCGCAAGCAUGAACAACGUCGAGUUUGACGGACGAACCAUUCGAGUUGAUAAGGCAUCUGACAAUGGUCCCCGAGGCGGCGGCGGUUUCGGUAGAGGAGGUGGUGGCUAUGGACGAGGAGGCUUCGGAGGACCGGCUCCCUAUGGAAUGGGCCACCCCGGACCUGGCUACCAAAUGCCCGCUCCUAACAUGUAUGCGCCUAUGCCCUACGGUCGGGGAUAUCCUCCUCAGCAAGGCUACGGUGGCCCUCCUCAAGGCUUCGCGCCUCCUCAGCAGCAGUACGGGUACCCUGAUCCUUCUCAACAGAUGCCCCCUCAGCAACAGCAACACCACCAGGGUGGUAGAGGAUAUUAG